AUCACGUGAUGUUUACUUCGCUAAAAAUGGCGUCUUGCUAGCAGUUUUGGUUUUGGGCUCUGCAGCAGCUAAGAAUCACUUACAGAGACUCUUCCGGUGCUGCAUAUAGAGGUUCCUAGAUGCCGGGGACGGUGCGUGUACGGGACCUGAUCCGCGUGGUGCGGUCCUGCAAGACAGCCCAGGCCGAAAGAAACGUCAUAUCCGAAAGAGUGCGCCUACAUCCGUACGGCCUUCAAGGGAGACGAUAACGAUGCCCGGGCUCGCAACAUGGCCAAGCUGCUCUACAUCCACAUGCUGGGCUACCCAGCUCACUUUGGACAGAUGGAGACACUGAAGCUGAUAGCGUCGCCGAGGUUCUCGGACAAGCGGCUGGGCUACCUUGGAGCCAUGAUGCUGUUGGACGAGAGACAGGACAUCCACAUCCUCAUCACCAACUGCAUGAAGAACGACAUGCACCACCAGGUCCAGUAUGUGGUGGGACUAGCACUCUGCGCCCUGGGCAGUAUUUGCUCGGAGGAGAUGAGCCGUGACCUGUCUGGAGAGGUGGAGAAACUACUCAAGUCUUCUAAUCCCUACAUUGUCAGAAAGGCGGCGCUGUGUGCAGCAAGGAUUGUGCGGAAGGUUCCGGACCUGAUGGAGGUGUUUGUGCCCACCACAAGGCAGCUGCUGAGCGAGAAGAAUCACGCAGUCCUCCUGACUGGCAUCUGCCUCGUCACGGAGAUGUGCACCGUCAACCCAGACUCACUUCAGCACUUCAGACGAUUUUUACCAAAUUUGGUGCGGAUGCUGAAGAACCUGAUAAUGGCAGGGUAUUCCCCUGAACAUGAUGUCCAUGGGAUCAGCGAUCCGUUUCUCCAGGUUCGAGUUCUGCGUCUCAUGAGGAUGCUGGGCAAAGGAGACGAGGAUACCAGUGAAAUGAUGAACGACAUUCUCGCACAAGUGGCGACAAACACGGACUCCAGUAAGAACGUGGGUCACUCCAUUCUCUACGAGACGGUCCUCACGAUAAUGGACAUCCAGUCGGAGAGCGGACUGCGCGUUCUCGCUGUCAACAUCCUCGGUCGCUUCCUCUCCAACUCCGACAGAAACGUUCGAUAUGUAGCUCUGAACACACUACUUCGGACGGUGAGUGUGGACUACAAUGCAGUCCAGCGACACCGGAGCACCAUUCUGGACUGCCUGAAGGAGAGCGAUGUUUCAAUCCGUCGCCGGGCACUCGAGCUCUCCUUUGCUCUCGUCAACAAGAACAACAUCCGGACCAUCAUGAAGGAGGUGUUGGCCUUUCUCGACGUGGCCGAGCCGGAGUUCAAGUCAUUCAUUGCCACCAAUUCCCUCGUGGCUGCUGAGAAACACAGUCCCAACAAACGCUGGCACAUUGACACUGUUCUUACCGUGCUCAUCAAGGCCGGGUCCUACAUGCAGGAGGAACUGGUGUUCACCAUCAUAGCCAUGCUGUCGCAGACCGAUCAACUCCAUGGCUACCACACCCAGCGAUUAUAUGUUGCUCUCACCAAUGAUAUUAGUCAGCAACCUCUGGUGCAAGUGGCCAUUUGGGCGGUGGGUGAAUAUGGAGAUCUCCUAGUGACGGGACAGGUGGAGAACGAGAUAGGGGGAGGGGAAGAGGAGGAGGAGGAGGAAGAGGGGAGGAGGGAGGUUGUUCAGGUGACUGAGGACGAAGUUCUGGACGUCUUGGAGCGAGUUCUCCAGAGCCCGCAGUCCAGUCCAGCCACUCGGCAGUAUACACUCAACUCCGUCAUGAAACUAAGCAGCAGGUUUUCAACGAGUCUCCCUCGGAUAAAGGCAAUGGUGAGUAGCUAUGGCAACAACAUGGACAUGGAGUUGCAACAGAGGGCCGUCGAGUAUUGCGCAAUCUUCAGCAAACAUGACAACAUGAGGUAUAUUUAUUUUUCCGACGCAUUUACACCUUGAGACUUGUAAAUAAAUGUGUCUUGCUAAAGGUUUAGGCCACCUACACUGUCAGUCCUUAGCAAUGCACUCUCCAGCUAUUUUCAAGGUAUUCAGGAUGGUUGGUUGGACUGUCCUUCCCCCCACUUGUUUGCUAAAAGUACGAAAGUUUAGGCCACCCUUUGCACUCCACACUCUGUUGUGAGUGUGUGCUGUAUAAGAGAGGUGUAAUGUAUGUUAUGUCAUGUCUCUUGCUGUUCUUUUAUCCCCUUACCCCUACUACCAUGUGUUUACCCAGGAAACAACUAGAAAUAGCACAAUGUUUCUAACUUUAUCAUUACACUCUUUCUCUCCUAACCAGAACAGAGCAUAAAUAAUUUAAGUGAUGAGUUACUGGAUUCUGUUUAACACACACAAAAUGGUAAUAGGAAGAGCCAGGCACAUACCUACCGUUUGUGUGUCUAGUAAUAAUAGAGUAGGGCCAGCUGAUGAGUCCUCCCACUAUAAACAUAAGGGAUGAAAACCAUCUCUGUGGGAUAACCCCUGGAGAUUGUUUCUGGCUUUUUCUUGUUUUGCAGGUAUACAGCACAUUCUCUUCUUUGUCCUAUAGUUCUGACUACACAAUUGUGUUUGUAUACCUUCCAUGCCAUUGUGUCUAUCAUGCAGUGCAUUACAACUCUUCUGGUUUGCUCUGUUAUCUAUGUAUGUGGAGUACUGUGUUGGGGUUGUUAGCAGCAGCAACUAUAUUCCACAUAUUAGGCAUGGUUGGUUUGUCAUUAAUUUUCAUUUACUCACAUCCAUACAACAAAUGCAAAUCCAUUCAAACCCUUGUCCAAAGGGGUGGUAAAGAAGGAAAUUGCAAGGAAAAUAAGUGCUUAGGUACAGCUAGAUAGUUUUGCUAUUCCAACCUCCAACUAUAGUCAAACUGUUAGGCAUUGUUGGUUUGUCAUUUCGUUUACUCAUGUGCGUACAACAAAUGCAAAACUGUUCAAACCCUUGUUGUAAAGGGUGGUAAAGAAGGAAAUUAACAAAAAUAAGCGUUUAGGUACAGCUAGAUAGUUUUGCUAUUCCACCCUCCAAUUAUAGUCAAAGUGUUAGGCAUUGUUGGUUUGUCGUUUCGUUUACUCAUGUGCAUACAACAAAUGCAAAUCCAUUCAAACCCUUGUCGGAAGGGGUGGUAAUGAAGGAAUAGGCGAGAAAAAUAAGUGUUUAGGUACAGUGAGAUAGUAUCGCUAUUCCAGCCUCCAUCAAUAGUCAAAGUGUUAACACUUUGCACGCCGCGGAGAAAUACGGAGAUUUAUGCGCGUACGCGGAAUUUUUCACGCGCGCAUGCGCCUUAAUUCCUUCGUGCGUUUCACACGUGUGAGCGGCCGUAAGCCCUGAAAACCGCGGAGAAGAAAGGAGAGGCAGCUCUUCUGGCUGACCAGUGAAGUAGAAACAAGUCCCUGAGUGUCUGCUGUAGUCAUUCCAUCGAACUUUUGUGAGUAUAUUUACGCAUAUGUUUAGUUGAACGCUGUUGCACGCGCUGCAGUAGUUAGGUAGGGAAUACUGUGUCUCUUUGUCUCUGUGUAAGACUAUACAUGAGUAGUAGAAGUUAGUGAGUUAGUACAUACAUGUAUGAUGUUCAAGGGGUAUGAUAGAGUUCAAAGCAACUUUCAGCACAGAGGCUAGGUUUGCCUGGGCAAGCUUUGCAGUAGAGAGAUGUUCGUUUUCGAGCACCAUGGGUAGCGUCACUACAAUACUCGCACUCUUUCAUUUUCCCCCGUUUAGGAAAGUGGCCUAGCUCUAGGUUGAAUCUCUCAGACGAUGACUGAGUACGCUUUCUUCGUCGGCCGAGACGAGGACGAGGAGGAGCUGCAGCGAGAUGGGAUGACACAAGGGCUUCUACCAGACUCUGCCGGAAUUGAAGAUGAGUGCAUGGGGUUGCUGUGUGUGCGCAGUAUAGGAAGUAGCUAUUGACUAUAGUGACUUCGAAUAGCCAAAAGAACAGCUUUCUCCACCAUUUCACACUUUUUCUGAUGAAGGAAUAGUACACUGUGUACUGGUCGGCUUUAUCUACCCCAUUCAUCGAACGAUUAUAGUCAUCCACUACUUUUGGCUUCACGCUAGCACGUCUCGUUGCUACAGAUGUAACUGUAGUAGGCUUAGCACAGCUCUCUGUGCUAACCAUAAUAACUGGCUUCUUUUUUUUAGCUGCUCUCCAUCCAAGUGCUAAAAGCCGAUUGCUACGAAAUGCCAUAAUCUCGUCAUUAGCCAAGCGAAAAGAUGGUGAUCUUAUCGUAUCAGGCAAAUCAAUCCGGUUCUUCAUGGCUGUCCCAAUGAAACCAGUGUCAUGUUGCUCUAGUGUCAUAGCCAGUGGCAAGCUGGUGUAAUAUCUAUCGGUUAUGACCGUGUGCCCUUUGUCUAGAUAUGGCUCUAAAAGGUGGAGCACUAUGCGCGCUGGCUGGGGGAGAAGACAAUAAGCAACAUCGGCUGUAUCAAGUGUGUCUCUCCCAGUGUAGAUGAGGGUGUUUAGGACAUACCCGUUGGUGCUAUCUGCAAGCGUGAACGCUUUUUAUACCGUAUUUGUUGGGCUUUGCUGGCAUAUACUGUUUAGCUGCAAACCGCCCACGAAAGCCCACCAUAGUCUCAUCAGCUGAAAGGUUCCGACUAGGAGAAUACGCCUUUUGAAAAUUGUAAAUGAGCAUAUCGAGAACGUCUUUGACCUUGUUUAUCUUCUUUCCAGGGUUUUGCGGAUCGUCUCGACUCACAUGGAGCAUCCAGAAAAUCUGCUCGAAUCUAUUUCUGGUAAACGCCUUGCUAAAAAAUGGGAUGUUUCCUGUCCAGGAAGAGCUCCAGUACGACUCAAGGGUAGGUAAUUGGAUCAGGCCCAUGUUGAU